AUGAAGCUCUCCUUAACAGCCCUUAUCCUCUCAGCGAUUUCCGCCGCAGUGCUCGCCACCCCCGGAUCCGAUGCCGCCCCCACCCCCGCCUCGACCCCCUCCACCCCCUCAGGCAAAGGAUACAACGACUGGAACUGCAAACCCCUCGAAGGUCGCCGCCCCGUCAUCUUGGUUCAUGCCACCUUGUUCACCAAGGAAUCCUGGGCGAUUUUUGGACCUGCGAUCGCGGAACAGGGGUACUGUGUUUACUCGUUGACAUAUGGGCGGUACUGGAAGACGUUGCUUCCGAUGGUCGGCGCUAUUGCGCCAGCGGUUGAUAAUGCGAAGGAGGUGGGUGAUUUUGCGGAGAAGGUGUUGGGAGCCACUGGCGGAAAGGGCAAGAUACACAGCAUGAUCGGUCUCUCCGCCAUUAACCAUGGUACCACCUGGCAGGGCCUUGCUCCUCUUCUCGAGAAGUUGAAGGAGAUGGUCAAGUUUUUGACAUUAAAUGUCGAUAUCGUGACAAAGGCUGCACCGGCCUUGCAGGAUAUCAUGAGCACAUCCAAGUUUAUUCAGGAAUUGAACGCCCAUGGCGAGACUUUGCCUGAUGUCUUCCAAGCCAAUAUCGUCACCAAAUACGACGAGAUUGUCAGCCCUUACAAAUCAGGCUUCCAGAGCGGUCCUGGAGUCGUGAACGUUGUUCUCCAGGACCUCUGCGAGUCUGCCUAUGUGGAGCACGCUCUCAUGGUUGCCUCCAAGACGACGCUUCGUUGGAUCUUGAACCAACUGGAUCCUACCACCGCCUCGCCCGCCAACUGCAACCCAAAGUUCUAA